ACCGCAACAACGACAGCAACUCUUCCCCUCUCCUAACGGCGGAGAUGGGGUCCAAUUCUCCGUCCCAAUCCUUCCUUGCGUCUCCAUACCUUAGUUCUCUAAUUGUAAGUCAACCCCCCUCCACCUCCACUUUAGUUGUUACUCACUAGGUGCCAGGCCGGCGGCUUCGCCGGUACGGCCGUAGACUUGUCCCUCUACCCUCUCGACACCCUGAAAACUCGUCUCCAAUCUUCCGGCGGCUUCUUUGCAAACGGCGGCUGGAGCGGAGUGUACAAAGGCGUCGGCUCAGUAAUCGCCGGCUCAGCCCCCGGCGCUGCGCUCUUCUUCGUAACCUACGAGGCUACAAAAUCCGCCCUUGCCCGUAGUCGCCAGUUCUACGGACGAGAUACCGCCGGAGCAGUAGCAGUAGGAGACCACAUGCUCGCAGCUUCGCUCGGUGAGAUAGCCGCGUGCACUGUACGCGUGCCCACGGAAGUUGUCAAGCAGCGGGCACAGGCGUCGCAGUUUUCGAGUUCCUGGACGGCAUUGAGGAAUAUUUUCACCUCGAACCGCGGGCCCGGAAGGGUUUGGAUGGAGUUGUACCGUGGGUGGGGGAUCACGAUUAUGCGGGAGAUUCCGUUCACGGUUAUUCAGUUUCCCUUGUGGGAGGCCAUGAAGAGAUGGAGGAGUGUGAGGAAGGUGGGAAAGGUUAAUGUUGGGGAGAGCGCGCUGUUUGGGAGCCUGUCCGGGUGUGUGGCGGCAGCGGCAACAACGCCUUUGGACGUACUAAAGACGAGGUUGAUGUUGGGUAAGAAGGUACACACUCUACGAUUGUUGUUAUUCCCGUGGGUCUUCUAACAGCUACCUGCUUGGGAUUUCAGAGAGAGCCAGCACUAUCGAUUCUGCGUAAUAUGGUGAAGGAAGAAGGUGCUCGAGGGUUAUUCAGGGGGAUUGGACCAAGGAUCAUAUGGAUUUCCGUUGGAGGAGCUAUAUUCCUUGGAGCGUGGGACUUUGCCAAGGGAGCCCUCGAGAAUCUGUGAUUUCCUACUUCCUAUGUAUCCUUCUCCCUUAGAUAUUCCCCAAGAGCUAUACUGGCUCUUCAUAGCUGUUGCCGCAUUGUACAUACGCACAGACGUUCCCUACAUAGCGAGUGCCCGGCACAGCGAGCACUGGCUUACAAAAAUUCUUGAAUUACCAUUUAAUACCACACAACCCAAUAAAGGUGAGUCAAUAAAUGGUGAGUGCUCGCCAUGCCGGGUGCUCGCCAUAUAGGGAAAACAUUGCAUCAUCAUCCUAGGAGGAGCAUGGGCUAAAUGCGAGUUCAUAAUUCCACAAGCACGCGGACCAUACCCCCUCACCACACAUACCAAAAACCCCACACUACACCCCCACUCACUCCUUCAAAAUCUCCUCAACUCCCAGAAUAUCCUCCUCAUCCGCGACCUCAAGUACCUUACCCACUUGAGCGGUGUUCCUCAUCAACUCUUUUGCCCCAGCAUACAGCAUCUUGAGUUCAUUAUUGGCUGUGGCGGGCAUAUAGUAUAGUAGCACGUACGGUGUCGCUUGUCGACCGGAAUUGAGCGUGACCGGGUAGGAGAGAAGGACGAAGCGUGGGGCAUGGUCGGGGAGGCCAUCGGGUAUCUCGGGUAGGGAGGUGUAAACUUCUGCCAUGCUGUCUUUGGGUUUGAUCUCCAAAGUCCCCUUAUCGAUCAUGUCUGUGGGGGGUUAGCGUGGUAGAUGGAGUAGGGGGGAGCGAGAGGGCGAGGGGAGAGGUACAGAUCACGGCCUGGGGUUUAGAAGCACGGGAAGUGCCCAGGCGGAAUUUUCGGAGACCCUCGAGUGUCUCGGAGGAGAAGGUGUAGAGACGGGCUUCGGAGGCCUAACAGGCAGAAUUAGAUACUGAGACUCGCUCGGAGUGGGGAGUAUAUUCCAGGUUCCCACCAUUUGGUUGAGUAUUCGCUUAUCCUACCAGAGCUUUGGAAGACUCGGGAUUUUGGAGGGGUGGUUUUCGUGGUGGGUGUGGGUUGCUGACUGCUGUCGGGGCUCAUAUACUGGGAGAGUACCGGACUGUACCGGUAUGAUGGUAUGAUAGGUUAGGUGGGGUGAUAGACCAGAUAAGCUACCGUAUAGGACCCGUAUUCCCAAGGGGCGGGGUCAGGCUAGUUGUCCCCUUUACUCGAGUAUCAUAACGCUCAGACCAUCAAUACCGAACCCGACCACACACAACAGUCAAACUAUUCGAGCAUUGUACGAGUACCGUACUAGUACUCGAGUAAAGUUAGUGCUGUACAGUACAGUAUCCGAGUACUGUACCACAGGUUUACACACCGGUAUCGUACGGGUAGCCGGUGGGCAUAUCAUACAACCACAACUCCAUACAAAACCCCCCCCCCCCAAAACACUACCCACAACCAUGAGCACCCAGGGCAGGGAUGGGACUCCUUCAAACGGACAAGAGAAGUCUGGUGUAAGCCCGCAACUGCAUCUUGCUCACUCCAAAACAGUAGCUAACUCACCAGAGCCCCCCAGGCCUCUGAAGAAGCGCCCGCUGAACUCACGGCUGUUGUCGACGAUCUUUUAAAUAGCCUCAGUACAAAAUUCGCGUCGGUUUCUAGCGAGAUUUUCGAGAAGAUCGAGGCUAUGUCCAAACGACUGGACCAGAUGGAAGCUCAACUGCAACAGACGGGGACGGCGAGUACGCCGAAAUAAGAUAACAACGGGGCUGAUUCUUUUUAUGGAGGUCAUUGGAAAGGCAGGUGCGAGGAAUAAGGUUCACGGGGAGGCGAGGGGGGAAGGGUAGAGACGGUGAAAGGCUAGGAAGAGACCAGUUCCACCACCGUACUGUAAUACUCGUCGCUGCGGCGUUAUUCGACUGUGAUAUCCACUUCUGUGCACUCACCAUGUGCGAUUAGGAGGCUUUAUUGUGCGGGUUGAACACCUUUGACGGGGGUAUUUUCAUUCGCUUUUCUUGUUUGUAUUCUCGAGAAACGUGUCGGAGCCUACGGCGCGUAUAGGCGCGUUAAUUCUUGCAAUAAACUAAUUGCCUGGU